GCGGCGGGAGCACACUCUGAAUUAGCCCGUAUCGCGCAGGAGAUGACGGAUCGUGUCUCCGCGCCCGCAGCUCACGCACGGACCGCGGCGCGCAGAGCAGCAGCGUAACGUCACGGCAAAACUUCAGAAGUUCGCUUUCUCCACGCAUGUCACCAUGCGCAGCAUCUCAUCCUGCGGUGCACUGCUGUCAGUCUACUACCCCCAGAUCUUCCUCAUCCUCAGCAGCGGCAGCUACCUGGCUUUGUCUUCAGUCGUGGCUUUGGGCGCAAACAUCAUCUGCAACAAAAUCCCUGGCCUGGCUCCCAGACAGCGCGCCAUCUGCCAGAGCCGCCCAGAUGCCAUCAUCAUCAUUGGGGAAGGCGCUCAGCUGGGCAUCAACGAAUGCCAGUAUCAGUUUCGCUACGGACGGUGGAACUGCUCUGCCCUUGGCGAGAGGACUGUCUUUGGGCAAGAGCUGAGAGUAGGUAGCAAGGAGGCUGCGUUUACCUACGCCGUCACGGCAGCAGGUGUUGCCCAUGCUGUGACAGCAGCCUGUAGUCAGGGCAACCUGAGCCACUGCGGCUGUGACAGAGAAAAGCAGGGCUAUCACGACCAGGAGGAGGGCUGGAAAUGGGGCGGCUGCUCGGCAGAUGUUAAAUACGGCGUGGAGUUCUCCAGACGCUUUGUGGAUGCCCGAGAGAUUAAAAAAAAUGCAAGGAGACUAAUGAACUUGCACAAUAAUGAAGCAGGAAGAAAGGUUCUAGAGGAAAGGAUGAAGCUGGAAUGUAAAUGUCAUGGUGUCUCCGGCUCAUGUACCACAAAAACCUGUUGGACAACUCUGCCGAAAUUCCGAGAGAUCGGCUAUUUGCUUAAGGAGCGUUAUGCCACUGCGGUUGAGGUGGAGGCCAUGAGAGCCACGCGUUUUCGCCAACCCUCUUUCCUGCGUCUCAAGCAGUCCCGUGGGUACAUAAAGCCCACGGACACAGACUUGGUUUACUUGGAGCACUCGCCCAACUAUUGUGAGGAGGAUGCUGUGACGGGGAGCACGGGAACGAGAGGACGGCUGUGUAACCACACGUCCCCUCACACAGACGGGUGCAACCUGAUGUGCUGCGGCCGGGGCCACAACACCCACCAGUACACGCGCGUGUGGCAGUGCAACUGCAAGUUCCAGUGGUGCUGCUUCGUUAAGUGUAACACCUGCAGUGAAAAGACAGAGGUGUUUACCUGUAAAUGAGCGAAAGGAAGAGUUAAAAGGACAAGAAAGAAAGGCAAGAAGCCAAUGGAAAGAAACAGGAAGUGUUUGAAACAGAAAUGGAAGUGUCGAAUUGGAAGGCUUCAAUUUGCACAUCAGGCAGUCUUUAUGCAAGAAAGGCUGUUGCCAAAGGAGAACCGGGAUGGAUAAUGAAGAUGCCUUGAGAGGAAAAUGCACUGACUUCAGACUGACUUUUUGGGGAUUUCAUGCAAACAUAUGGACGCUAUAUAUAUGCAGCGCUAGGCUUUUGUAGAUAUCAGAUUCUCACAGACUUGAGGAAGGUCAGUUAGGGCCUGUCCUGAGGACCUGAUAUUGACUCAAAACUCCUAUUGGACAGUCUAAACUGCCCACAAAGGUGAUCUUUUUCAAAUGAAGACAAGAGGAACUUGUAAGAUAUCCCACCAGCUGAGCCCCUAUGGAAGUUCGAGAGGAAAGAGGUGCUGCAACUUUGCAACUCUGGAAAUGCUGGAAAGCUUCAGUCACACUGUAUCUGUUUGAACACUGAAAAAAGAACCCUUUUCCCUUCUCUUUGGAGAAAAAAAAAGACUGAAAAUGUCCAUACUGUAGAUGUCUCGUAAUGGUACACAGGAGUAAAAACUUCUAAUAUCAUUGCUACUGAUCUGUUGCUUCCAAAACACAACCUGAAACAGUAUAGGACACUGCGUAUGUAAAAAGAGCUUCUUUUGCAGUUUACCGAUGAAGAAAAGUGGCCAACUCAUUUCUACACUUAAGAAAUGUUGUGGAUACGUUGCCAAUUACUGCACUGGUGGUUAUGGCGCGUACUGUGGGCUGUAUGGAAACAAAAACCGAUUGUGUUUUUUUAUGAGAAGAGAAGCUUCCUUAGUCAUAUCAAGACUUGGCCAUGUAUGCUGCAAUGCUCUAAACGUGUGUGUGGGAAAGAAAGAGAGAGCUUUUAGAUACUUCAUAGAGUGACCAAACCAUUCUCACGAAUGCCAGAGAUAUGGGAUUCCACAUCACUGCUCCGGCGUGCACAAGGUCUAGUUAUAUUCCGCCUGAGCCAAUGGACCAUACAGAUAUGGGUCUAAAAAAAAAAUGGUUAAAUGGUCACUGGAAAUAUUUUGAGUAGCAUUUGUUUUUCAUCUAAAUUGUUUAUAUGAGUUA